GUCGCCGCGGUGACGUUUUCAGUAAGGAGAUGUUUGUUUAACGUUUUUACGGAAAGAAGGAGUCUCCAGUGUCAGCACGUUCUUUUCAUGACGAGCUGCGUUUUUUUUUUUCUUUUCUUUUUCUUAUUAAUGUCGAGAGAGAGAGGAAAAACGCCAGCUGGUGAGGGAAGAGUGUUUAUACUGUAGCUGCUACGACGUGACUUGUGUCGCGGACCUUCUACAGCAACGAUGAACUGUAACUAUAAGCGGAUAAAAAGUAUGAUGUGAAAUACUCAACUUCAGGGCGCUCCGUGAUGGUUACAGGCUCUUAAGGACCUGGUUUGAAUUCUCCACCCCACGAUGAGCUCCUCGUUGUCCCCAACCCUGCAGACAGUAAACGGCAUGGAUCAGGACGAGCCGUUGCCACUCUUUCCAUCCCACUAUCCUACGGCUCUAGGGGUGGACCGAGGAACCGUCUGUAUCCCUUCUCCGUACGCAGAUAACGGCCACGCCGAGAUGUCCUUCUGCGGUCCGUCUGCGCCUGAGAACCCGGCCAUCGCACCUCCGCUCAGCCCGUCGCUCUUCUGGUCCUCGCACAACCCCCACGCCAUGCCCGCUCUGCCCCUGCAUUGCCCGCCUGCUCUGCCAUACAGCGAGCCACAUAUACACACCGCCUGGGUCGACACCAAGCCACACACCUCGGGCCGCCACAGCUCUUUCCUGUCUCGUCCGAAGUUGUUUGGAAAGCGGCCGGAAGACGGCGACGGCGACGAAGCUCUGGACGACGACGACUCCUCUUCGUCGUCGUCAGGCGCCGUGGUCAAACGCGACAUGCACUUCUGUGUGGUGUGUCACGACUACGCGUCAGGCUACCACUACGGCGUCUGGUCCUGUGAGGGCUGUAAGGCUUUCUUCAAGAGGAGCAUUCAAGGACACAACGACUACAUCUGUCCUGCCACCAACCAGUGCACGAUCGACAAGAACCGCCGCAAGAGCUGCCAAGCCUGCCGUCUACGCAAGUGCUACGAGAUGGGCAUGAUGAAGUGCGGUGCACGACGUGAGCGAUGUGGAUAUCGAGCCUCCCGCCGGACCGCCCCGAUGAGAGAUGGCUCGGCCAGGCCUGUUGGUGUCAGAGGUCAGUCCCAGAGACUUCCUCACACCCCGCUCCAUGUCUCGCUCUCCAUCCCGGUCUCCAGAGCGUCGGCGGAGAGCGGGUUUUCGGGUUUGUCCCCCGAGCAGCUGGUGUACUGCAUCCUAGAGGCAGAGCCGCCGCAGAUCUACCUGAAGCAGCAGAUGAAGAAACCGUACACAGAGAGCACGGUGAUGAUGUCACUCACGCAGCUCGCCGACAAGGAGCUCGUCCUCAUGAUCAGCUGGGCCAAGAAGAUCCCAGGUUUCGUGGAGCUGAGCUUGGCCCAUCAGGUACAGCUGUUAGAGUGCUGCUGGUUGGAGGUGCUCAUGCUGGGCCUGAUGUGGAGGUCUAUCGAUCAUCCUGGAAAACUCAUCUUCUCUCUGGACCUCAAACUCAACAGGGAUGAGGGAAACUGUGUUGAGGGGAUCAUGGAGAUCUUUGAUAUGCUCCUGGCAGGCUCCUCCAGGUUCAGAGAGCUGAAGCUACAGAAGGAAGAGUACGUGUGUCUCAAAGCGCUCAUCCUGCUCAACUCCAGUAUGUACAUGACGUCAUCGGCGUGUGAGAAGGACCUGGAGAGCAGGACGAAGUUGCUGCGUCUGCUGGACGCCGUGACGGACGCGCUGGUGUGGGCCAUCUCGCGAACGGGUUUAUCCACGCAGCAGCAGUCCACUCGCCUCGCUCACCUACUCAUGCUGCUCUCGCAUAUUCGACAUCUCAGUAACAAAGGCAUGGAGCACCUUUCCAGUAUGAAGCGGAAGAACGUGGUGCUGCUGUAUGACCUGUUGCUGGAGAUGCUUGACGCCAACACGGCUCAAAGCAGGCACGUGUCCACUAGUGUAUGCACCGACCCCGUGACCCCAGCGACCUCACCAAACACACCCCUGCCCCCUCAGCUCCACAGUCCCGUCGCUCAUCAUGUCACACAGGUGAACGAGUCACAGUGCAGCCAGGAGUGAGUCCUUUCCCAGUCUCUCUCUCUCUCACACACAGACUCAUCCACGGAUACACACAUCCCUCUGGCUACCAGAACAAUUUGACAUUUAAGUUGCCAAAGUUUACUCCAUCAGCAAACCUAGUGAGAUUAGGUGACCCAGAAUGCAUUUCCUUUUCACACUGUGGUGAAGGUUCUUCACAGUUACUGUAUUUUCCAGACUAUAAGAUAUGGAAAUUUCGUCGUGGCAGUAGAACAGCUGUAACCUACCUGGUGUUGACAGUACGCAUGCUACUCUAGCACCUAUGCUAGAUUGGCCAAUAAUAAUAAUAAUAAUAAUAAUAAUAAAAAAUAGUAGCGCAGCAACAACAAAUCGAUUAUUAUCGUUGUCAACGAAUCUCAUUAUGGAUUAGUCGUUCUGCGCACGGUAAAUUUACUCAUUACGUUACUUCUGAGUAAGUACUAAAGUUGUGUCCCAAAUGAUGUACACUAUGCACUGUGUACUCUACCGUCUACUGUGUGGAUUUUAGAAAGUUAAUAUCAUCUCAAAUAUAACACUAGCGUUUUUUUUUACUAUCCCGAAGUUUAAGCUGCUUCUAGGUGACGGUGCAUGACGUCAUAUGCACGCUAGCAUUAGCAAACACCCAGAGGCACCCAUAAUGACUUUCUUCAGUCUACUGUUUAUCAACGUUACCUUUAAAUCCCAACGUGGCCUCAGUCUCCAUCAGACUGAGGAAGAAAGUCCUCUAAGGCAGGGAGCCUUUUAUAUUAAACACGCGGAGAUCAAACUGAUGCACGAGCACAAAAUGCACUGUGUGUACGGGAAACUGGUGCGAGUUGCUUAAAAGGUUUAGUUUAAUUUAAGUUUCUUGUCAUUAUAUGUUGUAUUUGCGCGCUUGCAGUGUAAAUUCUGUAGUUUAUUAGAACGGAAGCGAUGUGUUAGUAACGAGGCCGCGUUGCCGAUCACACCUGUUUUAAUUAGACGUUACAGAUCUUACUCAGGCUACACUCUGUAUCAGCGCAAGUAAGAUCUGUAACGACUAAUUAAAACACUGUGAUCAAAAGUAAACCAGUGAAAUAAUAUGUCUGAAGACAGCGAGUAACACAAACCAUAAGGUGCAGUGAAAGGGAGUUUUUAUUAUUCAUUUAGGACUGUACAUUAAUUCAGUGCUUUUUGUGCAGCCAUAAAAAAUAAUGCAUAAAUACUUAUAAGUAUUUAUGCAUGCACUGAAUUAAUGUACAGUCCUAAAUUAAUAAUAUAUAUUAUUGUAUGUGUGUGUGUAUUGGGUUCUUUUCUGUUUUGGACAAACAGAUGUGUAAAGUUUUAGCCUGAAUUCAUAUUUGUAACAUUCGGUUUGUGGAUUUUAUUGUAAAUAAAGAAAAAAAAUAACGGUGCUGAAAGUUUGCCCCGCCCCCAUCCGAUUAAUCGUUUAUGAAAAUAACGGUUAGUUGCAGCCCUAGUAAAUAGUAUUGAAGACUUGAAGAUUUUUAUCUAAUAGGCAUAUUUUGAUCAAUUAAUUAUGACUGAAAAGUAUUUCAUGUCGUGCACUUUAAACAUAUCAAAGCACAAUGUCCGUCAGAAGCAGUUGAAUCCUAUUGGAGCUAACCCCCCCCUUAAAAUUUUUACACAAUUUAUCUGAACAUAAAUACAUAUGCACAUUGUUUGUGCGUCCAUAGUGAGAAAGCAGGUGGAGUAAUGAGAACCCUAUUUAUUAUUAUUAUUAUUAGUAGUUGUAUCUUAAAGCUCAGGAAACAAUACAGCGAUGAACUUACUGCAACACUAACGGGACAAAAGCUAAGCUACAGCGGUAUUACACCAUUAUAUAGAGAAGGACUUAUUUGGGUGUGUCUGGUAGUCCAGAAAAUACAGUACAACCUUCUACAAUCCAAAUACCUACACCCUGUGUAUUUCUGACUUGCACUACUAAUCCCUCCAUCCCUUCUUCUUCUCCUGCCCUGUGGUGCUGCGUACGUCUGAACUGAGAGGACACGUGUUUAACCAAAAAAAAAAAAAAACAGUGCUAAAUACAAGCGGACUCUUUGAACUGUUCGCUUCCUGCGCCAACUACGGAAACCCCGGAACGACCCCGGACUUUAUAUGGACAUUACGUCUGAGGUAAUGCACAACUUUUUCAGGCGUCACGGUUUCACUCAGUAGAUCAUGACCAAGUCUCAAAAUAUUCAUAAAAAUAAAAGGGUUUUUUGUGUUAAAUUUCUAAAGCCAAGGUACGGAAAUGUCAACACCAAAUCAGUGAUGACUUUUUUUUUUUGUGAUUGUGCUGCCGUCUCAUCCUCUGUAAAUGACCUGAUUGUAUCGCAGAAUUCGUUGAUGCAGCGAAAACAAACAUAAAUGCAAUGAAGACUUGUA